AGUCCGCGCGGCAGGGGGUCGUGCUCGCGCUCACGGUGGUGAUGGAACUGUUUGGUAACCGGCCAGUUAGCCACCGGAGCUCCGCAUAAACUGUCACAUUUGCGGUGUUUGUCCCGGACGUUAGCCGGUAAUGUGUAGCGGCUCGACGGAUCCCGAGAUGCGGCGGUAGUCGGUGUUUGCGCGCAGAGAGCCGCGGGACCCGCAGAGGAGCAGCGGACAGCGGGCGGGGAUGCUAACCAGCGGCGGUUAGUUAACGUUAGCUCGCUAACAUUUAUUUUAACGGAUAACCACUUCAGUCGUCAUGUUAGCUCCGUCCUCCUGUGUGGAUGCUGUUGUUCGCCGCUGCAUUACUUCUCCCCUCGGGGCAGAAACAACCGACGGUUAGCGCCUCCACCAGCCCCACAACAUGACUCACACUCAGUGAGCUAGCGGGGCUGGUUGGCUGAGUUAGCCUGCCCGUUAGCGGCUAACUGAUGCUAGCAGCAGUGUCAGUCCCCGCCGCGAGCUGCUGAAGUGAUGUCUGUCCGAUGGAGCUGAAGUGUUGCUCGGCUUGCCAAAGAUGACGGGCCGCCUGAGCCGGGUUUUUGUGCCUCUGUCAGCAGGAGGCGGAACAUGGAAGCCGAGGAAGAGUGGAACAAAGACCUGAGUGCACACAAACUGCUGGAUAAAAAGGUGCUCUGCAAGCAGAAUGGGAGGAUCGGUAUAGUGAGAACUCUUCACAGCCUGUUGAAAACCCAGAACACUCUACAGAUUCAGUCCAUCACCCGCUCAGAAUGUGCAGGCUCCUGUCCAAAUCUGAUGAUGAGUAGGAGCGAGCACGUCGAUGUGAGGCCCGUCCCCGUGGCCCUCACCCCCCAGCUUCCCCCCAGAGCUCACCGGCCCCUCUGCAUGUCGAUUUCCUCCGACAGCAGUGGACGCUUCAAAGCUCUGGAGACGCAGGAGUGGAAGAACAACCUCAAAGCUCAGAUGGAGCAGGCCUACAGCGCAGGAGCUGCCAGCAGCACAGGAUCUCUGGAGCGAGCGUCUCUGUUCUGCGCCUCAGCUUCCACCACAGCAUCCAGCUCCGGCCUGUCCAGCCCAGUGGAGAUCCUCAACAAGAGCAAAUCAUCCAGCCGCUUCUCUCUCUUCUCUCCUCCCUGGAACAGCAGCUCUGAGUCCGACUCCAACCCUCCGUCCCGCUCCGGCUCCAAGAAGCUCCGCAACUACAGCAGGAGAGCCGCCACGGGGCCGGCCGGCGCCAGGGGCCCGGAUACGCCUGAGCCCAAACCCAGCGGCCCUGAACACUUCCAGUACUCUGAACCUGUUAUCUCCAAGGUGACGGACUACAUCUAUGUUGGCAACCUCAAUGCGGCGUACAACGGGCGCACCCUGUGCCGCAACAACAUUGACAGCAUCAUAGACAUGAGCAGUGUGCCAGGAGAACUGGGCCCCAGCCUCAACCUCAUUCCAUGCACCUGCUCCCGUGGUGCCCGCCACAGCUGGUCCCGCCUCAAGGUGGACAUCGGAGACGUGCCGGACGCUCUAGGUGACGGCCCGGCCUUGAAGCAGCGCUGCUUCGAGGACAUCAACGAGUGCAUCGAUGCCUCCACAGAGAAGAGGAAGCGCGUCCUGGUCCAUUGUCGAGACGGUUUCUCUCUGGCGCCGACGUGCAUCAUCCAAUACCUGAUGGUAAAACAGAACAUGAGGCUGAUCGCCGCCUACGAGCUACUGAGAGCCAAGUACCCGGUCAACAUCAGGGAGUGCCACCAAAACGUGCUGGUGAGCCUGGAGAGGGCACUGCGGCCUGGAGGCAACGUCGACCCCGAGUGCUUCAAACAGGCCAUCUCUCGCAAAGUGGCGUGGACCUGACUCUCAGUGUGCUCGGCUGCUGUCCAAGACUCUCUUUAUUUCUCCACCUUCCCAUAGUAUUAGAUAUUUUCCUACAGACGACCCAGGGCAGCUGUACUUUCCCCUGUAGACUGGUCAACUGGAUAUUAUUGUCCCCACUUGAGUUCAGUGGUUGUAAAAGUUAAGAAUUUGAUGUAUUUCCUCUUCAAACCUGUAAAUGUGACCCAGCUGUGACCCCCCCCCCCAGAACAGGAGAUGCAAUAGACUUCACUGUAAUAUACACAGCUUCUUGGUAUAACGAUGUAAUAGUGUUGGCCGUAUAGUUGAUAUAGUCCUGCUUCAGUUCUGUGCCAUGCCGUUGUGGUGGUGUUUUAUAUCAGGGGAAUUUCUUAAUGGGAGAUCUCAGGAGAUUAUUGAUGUCAUUCCAGUACAGGGUGGGAAAUUACUCAUUAGAUUAGUCUGCGACUCCGUUCACACCUGGCAUGAAAAUGCAUCUCGGUAAGGUGUAUGUGAAGUACAGACAGGGAUGCAGGAGAGAAACGUAACUCCAAACCACAGAUAAUCAGUUGGAAGGUAGAAAAGUACUGAGAGCUGAAAACACAGAGACUUUUAAAAACAACUUUCUGUCCCGUCUCCUGCAACGACAGACAUGAGCUGAGUCUUGCAACACUCGCUUGUUUCAGGGAGAGAAGGGGGAUUGUCUGCGGUCAGUGAAACGCCACUGCUAUCCACCUGGAGGCAGUCAGGUGUGCUUUGGGCCCCCCUCUAUUGAUGGUCCAUCUCAGGCCCGGCUUGGCAUGUUAAAACCGACUGAUAAGUGCUACAGUGAAAGCUUUGGCUCACUAGGAAGUCAGUGGAGCAGCUGUAGAGCUCCGUGGCCGGCUCCUGUCUGAAGUAGAACCCGGCAGCUCUGUUGAGCGCCGCUGCUGGCCUCAGAGCUCCUUUACAGAGCCAGGGUUGUGUAUGAACCCACGCACACAUUGAACAAACAGCUAGCGUACCAUGAGAAGAUAAUCACUGAAUAUGACAAAUAGUGUGUUGUAUUGGAUUAGAAUCGCUGACUCCACCUUUAAGAAAACUGCUCAUCACUAUCAUACAGGGUGUUCGUCCUGUUGCCCAACACUAAUAACUUAAGUUGAGAUGCUAAAUAAUUUGUACAGGGACUUUUAAAGGAACCCUGUGGACUUUUCUUUGAAUACAGAUGUGACAGUGUCACCAUGCGCAAACAAAACAGGGACCUGUUGAUCAAUACAUUGCUCAAUAACACUACUAGCAGUCAAAAACACCACAGAGUACCUUUUAAGUUUGUACUUUAUAUACAUAUGAAGUAUUGCUUAAGUGAGUUCAAAUGCCUAACCUUCCUCUCUGGCUUUAUUGCUGCUUAAUCUGAAUUCUGUUUUAAAUGGUUUUACUUACCUCUCAGAUUAAUUGAAAUGAAAAUGAAACACAAGCCGUCACCAGAGAUGCAUUUUAGACAUAUUUCGGAUGCCAGGUGUGAACUGCAUCAGUUUCAUACAGAUUUUGACACAAUCUGACAACGGAGCCAGUAACUGGCCACCAUUUAUUUUGUUUUUUCUUCCUAGAAAUCUUCUUUGCUGGUAAAAUGGUUGUUUGGAUGUACUAGCCGUUGUAGUCGAUGGGUUUAAAAAAGUUGUUUUCCUGUUAAAGCUGCAACUCUGCUGCUGAUACUCUGAAGAUUGGAGGACGUACAUAUGAUUUGUCUCCAUUGGAUCUAUCACCACUGACUGGAUUACAUGACUGAUUAAUCUGCUUCUAUCGCAAGAGGGAACUUUGCACAUGGACACACGUUUAAAAUUUGACAUGCUUCUAUUCUUUGACCUUUUCACGCCAUUCUUUUUCUUUUGUGUGUGUGUGUGUGUGUGUGUGCGUGUGUUUUCCGAGGUCAUACUUGAUGGAAGGUGAACGGCCCAACCUGUCCUCUGUGAGGAAGACUGUAGCCCCAUUUUCAGCCACAGUUUGUUUGGUUUAUUCUCUACGGUGGUGCUCAGACUGUGGCUUUGGGAAUUUGAACUUCAGUGUAUGCAGUGAAGCUGGGUGACGUGCAUCUCUGUGGAUUAUCAGUAUUAUCGUAUCGGUGCCACUGAACUGCGAUCCAGGGUUUACACUGCAAGGGAUGAUUUUGCACUACUCACAGGGUUGUCCAAAAUGCAAAUUAUUGCCUUUUUAUUUUAAUAUUGUUUGAAUUAUUAUUUUGGGAGUAUAGCUGAUGACAUUUCACAUAGGAGGGAGAUGUUUACAUGCUCAUAAAAAUAACUGGAUUAAGGUAACAGUUUAAUUAAAGUGUUCAUGGUUCACACUAUCUAAUAUCCCUGAUCACCCAAGUUUACUUUCUUUUCCAUUUGUUGUCCUGCCACUGAAACAAUACAAGUUUCAGUCUGAUCAUUAUCUAUUUUUACUAUCUUGUACUUUUUUUAAUACAAAAAUGUUUUUGCACAACUACUGUUUGGUCAUACGUUAUCUAUACCACAACUUCACCGUAGAAAAUAUGUUAUGGUAUUUGAUUAAGUCAGUCAGAAUAGCCAGUGCUAACUGUGGUUAAGAUUAUUGAUAAUUUUCUUCAUGAAUUGAUCAAUGAUUUAGUCUAGAAAAUGAUGAAACAGUGAAAAAUGACGUACCCAGUUUCAUGAGACAUCUUCAAAAGUCCUAAAACCCGAAAUAUUCAUAUUACAGUGAUACAAAGAAUAAAAUCAGCAAAUCCUCACAUUAGAGAGGGUUUAUUUCUGCUUUUAAA